AAUGGAUUCAAUGACUUUCCCUUCUACCUUCUCUAUUAAAAAUUUCCCUACAACUUUUCAAGAAAUAAUUUCCCAAUAUUCUCUCCAACCAAAAAAUAAAUUUUACCCUCAUACAAACAUAAAACUUCAAGACCAAAAUUAUAUUUCUAGUUUUAUUAAUUUAAACCAAUUUUAUUCUUUGAGUUAUGUCUCCAAAAGUAAUGGCAAAUUAUGCCUUGUGAAAUGUAAUAUUACAGAUAAUUCAGAAAUGCCAGAAGAAGGCCAGAAAGCUAUGGAAACAGUAGAAAAACUUUAUAAUGCACUUAGAAAUAAAAAUCUUAAUGAAUUAUCUGAUAUAAUUGGAGAAGAAUGUCGAUGCAUUAGCAACGUUGCCUCUUCUUCUUUACAAACUUUCUAUGGCAAGGAGCAAGUAAUAGAUUUCUUCAAUUCAAUCAUAAAGCUCCUGGGGAAUCACUUUGAGUUUGUCAUUCAACCCACCAUACAUAAUGGAACUAGUGUUGGAGUUGCUUGGGAACUAGCAUGCAGCGAAACUCAUGUUCCCAUUGGAAAAGGUUUUGGCUUCUAUUUGUGCCAUUAUUACAAAGGCAAGAUGAUGAUAAGGAAUGUGGAGAUGUUCAUGGACCCAAUCCUUCAAAUUGAGCCCGUUCGAUUGAAAGUAUCAUCCUUCCUUCUGAGAGCAAUUCAAAAGAUAAAUCCUCCAGACCUUUUCAAGGGAAAGAAGAAACAGGCUAUGAGCAUCUUGUUUAUUGUUCUUCUAUUUGCAGCUAUACUGUACUUGGUCAAGAACUUACAUUGAGGAAUCGGCCUAAUUCUAUGUCUUUUCGUUCUGUUUGAAGAAAGAAAGGAUCCCAAAAAGGCGAUCUUUCUUUUCGUUGUUGAAUCUCUCUUUGAUUAAUCAAUGUUUAAUAUUCCAAAACCUCAUUACUAAUGUAUGUGUUGUCCAGAAAGAGGAGGACUAUUCGUUCGCCGAAACCAUAAGUUAAAAUUUUGGUGAUAGAGAUCCUGUAAAAACUUUGUUUGAGGAAUAAGCCAGACCGGGUCAUUUCUCAAGAACAAUAGCUAAAGGACAGCUCGCUCGUAACUCCUCUGUUGGCAUUGGUUCAUAUGGCUACCGAGGAUUUGAUUCAAUACAGCGGAUGAGGAAAAUCCAGCAAGCUUAAACAAGAUUGAAAGUAAGGAAGACAGAAGGCGGGUAGCGAGGAAGAAAAGAAAAGGCAAAAACAGCUUUUGCCAAAACUUAAUGUAAUUUACCAACAAAAUUGUAGUAACAGAAGCAGCAAAAUUUUGCUGCCAUCUAUGAAGAUUACCACAAAUGAAGCAACGUAAAUAGACAACAAAAUACAGAUCUUUGAACGGUCAUUUUUUUCUAUUCAAAUUAUAACUGGUCAUAGGAGAUCAUUUCCUCACAGCGACGAAUAAAGCAAUAAGUACCAGAAAUUUUAUAUCAAAGAAGAUACCCCCCAAUGUAGAUUGUAUACCUGACAUAUACAUCUUAGUUCCAAUGUGUUUGAACAAGCUAAGAAUCUAUUAAUGUUCCUACUAGCCAUAUAUUAAGGAUGCCAGGAUUUUACAAGAACAGAGGAGCUACUGUACCUAGACCAAGGCCAUGGCAUAAUUACAAAAACAACCUUCUGCCAUAAGCUCAGAAGCACAUCAAUCCAGAAUUCUAAUUACAUACCAUGAGUCUAACUAUGUUAACAAA